AUGUCCGCCAAACCCAGCAUUGUCCUUGUCCACGGCGGUGGUCAUUCGCCUCAAUCAUACGUUAAGCUCACCACCGCACUGCAAGACCGUGGCUUUGACGUCCAUGCCCCGCAGCUACCUUCAUGCACUGGUCGCCGCCCGCCCGGUACCAGCACAGCCAGGGACCCGUUGGUCGUACGCCAAAUCGUCGAGCAGCUCGCUGAUGAUGGCCUCACGAUUAUUGUGGUUAUGCACUCCUACGGCGGCAUGGUAGGUCUAAAUGCGCUUGAGGACCUCGACGUCCAGUCGCGCGCUGCGCAAGGUAAAAGCGGCGGUGUCGCGCACCUCAUUGCUAUUGCAGCGAUGAUCUAUCCCAAGGGUUACGACUCUUUCGACAUAGCACGCGAGAUGGGUGUCUCCGACAUGCUGUCGUGGGUGGAAUUUGACGAGGACGGCAGCAACGACAUCAAGGAUCCCAAGUUUAGCUGCUACGCCGACGUUUCCGAGGAAGAAGCGGACAUCGUCAUCAAGACCUUGUCCCGCCUGGACAGGAUGAGUGCGGAGCAUAAGGUUAAAUAUGAGGCAUGGAGGGUUAUACCACUCACGUACAUCCUCACGCUUCAGGAUGUCAUCUUCCCGGUCGACCACCAACGCUUUCUCCUGAAAAAGCUGGAGGAGGCCGGCCACAAGGCUGAUGUCAAAACCUUCGAUUCAAGCCACUCGCCUUUCCUGUCGAAGAUACCAGAGACGGUGAAGGUCAUCGAAGACGUAGCAGACAGCCUGCGUAGCAGAUAG